AUGGACUUACCCGCAGCUGGCACAGCAACUCAACAGCAGGAGCCACAGCUAAAAUUGGAGCCUCAGCCGGUGCAGCAGCCACAAGGGCAGGUCAGGUUGGAGCAACUGUCGGCGCAGCUACAGCCGCUACUGCAGGGACAGUCGCCAGGCGUCACAAAAGAUAUCGCAAACCAAUCCCCUCCGGAGUCUACACGCAAGCGCACCACACGCAGCCGUAACUAUACCCAACCAGGAAAGUACCGCGGGGUGAGGAAGCGAGGCGAAGGUCGGUAUAUCGCUGAAAUUAAGGACACAACAUUCGGUGUGCGCAAGUGGUUGGGGACGUUUGCCACUGCAGAGGAAGCUGCCCUGGCGUUUGAUCGGGCUGCAGUGCAGAUUCGGGGGAGGAAGACGAAGCUCAACUUUCCUGAGCUCAUGCCGGGCAGAGAAGGAGACGCGGGCCUGGAGCUUGCAGCACAAGCGUCUAAGGGAAUUGGGGAGGCCUCUGCAGUGAAGGUUAUGGAAACUACUCUGGAGGCAGCAGAUUGCAAAGCUGUAGUGGCAGCACAUGCAAUAUCGGACACGGACGUGGUUGGGUUGACGACAUGCGCAGAUAGCAGCACUGCCAGUGGAAGCAGUUCGAGCAGAGCUGGCCCUUCCACCUCGUCUGCCUCCGCGCCUGCAUCCAUCCUCUCCAUCCCUCCGGCCAUGUUCCUCCCUGGAGAGCCGUGCUCUGCAGGCUUGGAGAAUGCUGGCUGGCGUUUCGCAAAGGGCAUCGAAGGCAUGCUGGUUGGUGCUGCUGGUGCUGACGCUGGUGAUGGCAACGUGAAGCAGGAAUGCGGGCAGGAGGAAUUUCUUCCGGAAGAGGUGAACAGGGGAGGUUUAGAGGCUGUGCUUGUCACCACACCCACUUCAAUCACAACUACAAUUUUCGACUCCGCGGAUGCAGUCACCACAGAAGCAGGGCGAAUUGUGGUGGCAGCAGCAGCAGCAGCAGCAGCAGCGGUGGCAGCAGCAGCAGCAGCAGCAGCAGCAGCAGCAGCAGCAGCAGCAGCAGCAGCAGCAGCAGCAGCAGCAGCAGCAGCAGCAGCAGCAGCAGCAGCAGCAGCAGCAGCAGCAGCAGCAGCAGCAGCAGCAGCAGCAGCAGCAGCAGCAGCAGCAGCAGCAGCAGCAGCAGCAGCAGCAGCAGCAGCAGCAGCAGCAGCAGCAGCAGCAGCAGCAGCAGCAGCAGCAGCAGCAGCAGCAGCAGCAGCAGCAGCAGCAGCAGCAGCAGCAGCAGCAGCAGCAGCAGCAGCAGCAGCAGCAGCAGCAGCAGCAGCAGCAGCAGCAGCAGCAGCAGCAGCAGCAGCAGCAGCAGCAGCAGCAGCAGCAGCAGCAGCAGCAGCAGCAGCAGCAGCAGCAGCAGCAGCAGCAGCAGCAGCAGCAGCAGCAGCAGCAGCAGCAGCAGCAGCAGCAGCAGCAGCAGCAGCAGCAGCAGCAGCAGCAGCAGCAGCAGCAGCAGCAGCAGCAGCAGCAGCAGCAGCAGCAGCAGCAGCAGCAGCAGCAGCAGCAGCAGCAGCAGCAGCAGCAGCAGCAGCAGCAGCAGCAGCAGCAGCAGCAGCAGCAGCAGCAGCAGCAGCAGCAGCAGCAGCAGCAGCAGCAGCAGCAGCAGCAGCAGCAGCAGCAGCAGCAGCAGCAGCAGCAGCAGCAGCAGCAGCAGCAGCAGCAGCAGCAGCAGCAGCAGCAGCAGCAGCAGCAGCAGCAGCAGCAGCAGCAGCAGCAGCAGCAGCAGCAGCAGCAGCAGCAGCAGCAGCAGCAGCAGCAGCAGCAGCAGCAGCAGCAGCAGCAGCAGCACGUGCAGCAGCAGCAACAACAGCAACCAGAAAUGGUGCCCCAGAAGCACUGAGUGAAGGGGCUCAACACGUGGUGGCUGCAUUGGAGUCGAUGUUUCCCGGGCUGCCAGACCACGCAGACCAUGGAGAUAAGGAACAUCCCCCAGGAGAGCAUGAGGCGUCUCCAUAUGAUGCAGUGCAGAAUGAGAUGCUUGAUGCUAUCAUGCAAACUGGAGGGCUGCUGCUUGGUAUGAAUCAGCGGCAACAUGUGCAUGAAGCAGUGUUGGGCCCUCCAUGGGAUGAGCCCCAUGGUAACACAGCAGUGCAGGCACCAUGGGACCAUUCUGCAAGCGCAUGGAGCACAGAGGCCAUGGGCUUGAGCGAUGCAAACCCGUUUGACACACCCGGGGCAUAA